AUGUUAGACUCCGAUGCUGAAGUUCCUCAAGAAAUUUUGGUGGAAUACGAAAAAUUGCUGAAAAAAUCUUAUACGGAAAAUUUUGAUGAGUUAUAUAAGACAGAUUUACUUAAAGUGAUAGGAAAAGAUGGAUACGGAUCGCACAUCGUUUUACUAAUCCCUUGUUUUAUAAUAUCAUCUGGGGCCGACCCUGAGAAAACACUGAGAUAUGCAAUAAUGACGUUAGACCCAGUAGUGAAGGAAAACUAUGUGCUGAUACUAUGCGAAACUCAUACGAAUUGGUUGAAUGAUGCAGUUUAUACCUAUGCCAAGCAGUGGUAUGACACGUUACCGAGAAAAUACAAAAAGAAUUUGAAGAGGUUAUACCUGGUUCAUAGUGGAUUCUUGUCCAAAACUGUGCUAACGAUCAUAACUCCAUUCGUAUCAGCAAAAUUUUGGAAAAAAGUAGAAUAUAUAGAAAAGUUAGAAGACUUAUUUUUAAAAUUAAAUGUGAAUCCGACAAUUUUCUUAAGACAUUUUCCUUAUAUAGUACAAAGAAAUGAAGAAGUAUUAUUAGGAGAAAAACCAGUUUCAGUUUUUGGUUCUGAUCUUGAAAUAUUAUGCCAACGAUUUGGUAAAGGAUAUAAAGAGUUUAAAUAUAUUCCAUCCAUUGUUGUAGAUUUUUUAAGUCAUUUAACUAAAACAGAAAUUAUAAAUACAAAAGAUUUAUUUUAUUUACAAACAGAUGCAAAUUCUUUAUAUGGUAUAGUUGGAGAUAUAGAAUAUGGUGAGCCAACAACAGACUUUAACAAUAUUCCUUCUUUGGUCUGUUCUUUUAGACUUUUUCUAGAUACACAGAAACAUGGUUUAUUAGGUAAAGAUGCUUUUUCUAGAUUAUAUCAUUUAAAAAUUGUAUCAGCAUCAGAUAAAGUAAUAAGAGCUAACUUGUUUAAACUAUAUAAUAAAUUAGAACAAGGAGUUAAGGAAUGCUUACUGUGCCUUUUAAAAUUUUUUAAAACUGUAUCUAUCCAUUCAAGUGAAAAUAAUAUGACCAUAGAAACUCUGGCGAAAAUAUUUUCGUCUACAUUUUUUAGACCGAGAAUUCCAAAUGCAGUUUUUUCAGAGUGCAUACCCUUGGCAAAUAAAUGCCUUCAGAUGCUAAUAGAGACUCCGGAAAUUUUGACGAAUCCACAGAUAUACGACACAGACAGCGACAGCUCUGAGAUGAGCGAGGGUGAUAGCGAAUUGGAGGAGAGUAAAGAAAAGGAAGAGAUAUCAGAUAGUUCAAGUAAUGAAGAAGAGGGGGAGGAAAAGGAGGAAGGAGAAGAGAGUGAACAUAGUAGUAGUGAGGGGGAAAGGGAUUCUGAUAAAAGUGCAUUAUUGAAUACUUCUUUGAAUUCAGGAGAUGAGGAAAAGGUAGAAGAUAAAGAAAAAAAAAAAAAAAGCGAAUUAAAAAACGAAAUUUUGGAUGGUAAUUCGGACGAAGGGUCUGAGGACGAUGAAUCGGAGGAAGACUCAAUGGAAGAUACAGUGGAAGACACAGGGGAGCAGUCGAAGGAUGAGUCGAAGGAUGAAUCGAAGGACGAGUCUAAGAAUAAAUUAAAUUCGGGGAAAAACAGUAAAAGGGUUAAUUUCAAAAGAGAGGAAUUAAAAGAAUAG